GGAAGGGGCUGAGCUUCCCACAAAACGGGGCUGUGUGCGAGGAGAAAGUGCAUCAGUCCGGGAAAAAGCAAAAAGCAGCCUAGGGGGCACUUCCGAGCAAGCGGCGGAGCGGAGAGAUCGCAAGGGCCGGGCAGCGGGAGACAAAGAGAAGGGAGGACAUGAGCGGAGGCAGAGGGAGAGAGCAGGGCAUCAGCUGAGUUCAAUCACGCAAGAAAAGCUCUUCGCCCCCGCCCCCGCUCAGCCGUAAUUGCAGGGACAGGUUUCUCCCCCCCCCCCUCCCCCCUUCACCCCCGGCGUUGGGCAAGAAGACAAAGAAGCGAGUGACCCCAUGGGGAAAGGGGGUGAGAAAGGAGGGGAGUCGGGGGAGCCGGAGGCGCAGAUCCGCUUCUACACCUGGGAGGAGAUCCAGAAGCACAACCUGAGGACGGACAAGUGGCUGGUGAUAGAGCGAAAGGUUUAUAAUGUCACCAAGUGGGCAAACAGACACCCGGGGGGUCAGCGAGUGAUCAGCCACUGCGCCGGCGAAGAUGCCACGGAUGCAUUCCAGGCCUUCCAUAUCAAUCCCACCUUGGUGCAAAAGUUUCUCAAGCCAUUACUUAUCGGAGAGCUUGCUCCAGGGGAACCUAGCCAGGACCGAGAUAAGAACUCCCAGCUGGUGGAGGAUUUCCGGACCCUGAGGAAGACAGCAGAGGACAUGAACUUGUUCAGAGCAAAUCCUUUGUUCUUCUCUCUUUACUUGGGCCAUAUUAUUGCAAUGGAAGUUUUGGCUUGGUUAAUGGUCUCAUACUUUGGUACUGGCUGGAUCACAACUCUCAUCCUCGCCUGCAUCCUUACAACUUCCCAGGCCCAGGCAGGGUGGCUGCAACAUGAUUUUGGACACCUCUCUGUCUUUAAGAAGUCUUCCUGGAACCACAUCGUCCACAAGUUCAUCAUUGGACAUCUGAAGGGUGCUUCUGCUAACUGGUGGAACCAUCGUCACUUCCAACACCAUGCCAAGCCCAAUAUAUUCAAGAAGGACCCAGACGUGAACAUGCUGCAUAUUUUGGUCCUCGGAGACACGCAGCCUGUUGAGUAUGGCAAGAAGAAGCUGAAGUACCUGCCUUACAACCACCAGCACGAGUACUUCUUCCUCAUCUUCCCGCCUCUGCUCAUCCCUGUGUAUUUCCAAAUCCAAAUCGUCUCGACCAUGAUCAGGCGCAGGUUCUGGGCGGACAUAGCCUGGGCCAUCAGCUACUACAUGCGCUACUUCAUCACAUACAUCCCAUUCUAUGGCGUUCUGGGAUCCCUGUCUCUCCUCACUUUUGUCAGGUUUCUGGAGAGUCACUGGUUUGUGUGGGUCACGCAGAUGAAUCACAUUCCAAUGGAAAUUGAUUGUGAGAAGCACAGAGACUGGCUUAGCUCUCAGAUGGCAGCCACAUGCAAUAUCGAGCAGUCCUUUUUCAACGACUGGUUCACCGGGCACCUGAAUUUUCAAAUUGAGCACCACCUGUUUCCGACAAUGCCACGGCACAAUUUCUGGAAGGUGAAACCAUUGGUGAUGUCAUUAUGUGCCAAGUAUGGAGUCAAAUAUGAAGAGAAGCCUCUUGGAAAAGCAUUCGUAGACAUUGUUGGGUCCCUAAAGAAAUCUGGAGAUCUAUGGCUGGAUGCUUACCUCCAUAAGUGAACAUGAAUCUUAAUGGGGAGGUGUGAGUGACCAGGAGGGAUGGGGGGGCUGCAUGGGGGGGGGGGGAGGGAAAUCACACACGUGUCUUUUACUCUCGGAUUUCAGUCUAUGUCUACGUGCACAGUUGGAGGGGAGUUUCCUGUCUUGUCAACUGCUACUGGUAUGGGCUCAGGCAACCUGUUUAAUCCAGACAGAUUUAAAAUGUGCUUCUGAGGAUGAAAAGCAAUGCCAGUAUAGCACAAAAUGGAGGGUUGGGAGAGGAUGGAGAGGAGUGUUUCAAAAAGAGGUGUUAAUAUCCAACCUUGACCUUCUCUUCACAAGAUUCAUUCUAAUUCUACUUAAACCACACAAGCCCCUGAUUCACAGGCACAGAACAGUUGCUAGGCUUCAGUGCAUGCUUGCAAUCCAAGGACACCCCAGUCAGCUUAUGCCUCUUUCCCCUUUCCCAUGUUUGUGUAAAAGAGGAGCUCAGCACAGUUUCAUUUUGUUAUCAAGGAAAAAAUAACAUGGUCCAUGAUGCCCAUCACAACGGGGAGCUCAGGUGGGCUGCGAUGCCCACAGCUGCUGUACUGUGAUGGGGCUUUCAGCCCUGCCCAGAACCUCCUUUCUCCCCCUCCUUUAUUUCUCUAAUCAUAGCUCACUUUAGUAAAAGCUGUGAUACUGAUCCUGCACAACUAAUAUCUAACCACCUCUCAACAGGGUUAAUAUAGCUAUAUUGUUAUGACCAGCCCCUAUUUCCAGGGGUCUGUGGAAGAUCUUUGGGCUUAAACAGCAACAUGUCUUCUUUAGAAGAGGGUCUAUUUCUCUUUAAUGAUCAACAGGUCUGGCACAGCAUUAGGGUUGUCCAUAACUUACACAAAAGAUGUCACAUAAGCAAAAUUCACUAAUUGCUCCUGAGUGCUCCAGUGUAACCACAAAUGGUCUUUUCACCAGAGCAGUUCGGCAGCGUGCUGCAGAAACACAUGGCUCUGUCCGUCUGCACAUGCCUGGCAAAAACCAGGCCUGUUUCUGCUUGGCAGAGCCCAGGAGCCAUGGUACUGGUUACCCUUCUUUUGGGAACAAUCAGCAAAGAAAAUGAGUUCUCCCUGCCUAAGGAGGAGCUGCCCAACCAUUCAGCCUGGCCCCCUGGCCUGCCAGGAGGCAGCUGAAAACACCCGGCUGUGCUGGUGAUACAAAACCUUCUGCAGAACCCUCUUGCAGGUUGUCUAAAACUCUAUUGUCUGCCCAACACCUGAUUACCAAAAUCCAUUAAUGGUUUAUUAGGAGAUGUGGUUGAACAGCUUCCAGUUGCUUCUCUAACAGGCAACCUGAUCCCAAAUAAAUCAAGGGCUUUAGAUUCAGUUGUAAGACAACAGCAGAGAUAUAGCCUUUAGUUUAUGAUAAAGGGCCACGUUUUCCAAAUCAGUCUCCAGUUCCAACAGAUGUAUCGUUGCUCACUCAAAACACACAAUAGGGAUACUCUAGUUAUUAGGCAACGACUUUGCAAGCCUCAUUACUUUGCUCGGCUCUGAAACUGGAUCAUCUCCAUCAAAUCCUUGCAUGUGAACCAAGUCCCACAAACUCAGAAAGGCACUUCAUGAACAAAGACAACUCCAAAAGACUGUGGCCAGCCACUUCAAAAAACAAAUGUAUUCCUCCCUCCCCCACCCUCUUUGGAGAAUAAAAUGAGAUUAUAUCUUUGCUUACGGACAGGACAUUCAUAGGCAGAACUGCAACUUAAAUUAGCUAGUAGUACUUAAAGUUUGUAAAGAGCUUAUUCUGGUGUUCUUGCCCACCCCUAAGCUGGAAAUACCUGAGUAUCACUAGGAAUAGUUAGGAUGAAAAGCUGCUGUCUUGGGGUCUCUGAAGCUCAAACAGACUUUCGGCAAAUUUUAUAGUUGAUUUCUAAUAGCAUAAACAAUAAUAUCCUUCUGGGUGCUGUAAUUUCCCAUAUAGGUAGUAAUGAGCUAGCCUAGAAUUGUGGCUAACAUUGUUAAGACUGCCUUCAUGUAUGCAUCUCUCUUGACUCCUUGAAUGUAUCUCUCUGUCUCUGCUCCAGCAAGGAUGACCACGAGCACACAAUAGCAUCAGCAGUGCAAUCUUUUAAAUAUUCAGCUUAUUUUUCUGACAGUUCAUAUUUUUUCACCCCUCCAGUUCUUAGUUCCAGAGCAAAUAUUUUCUCAAUACUGAUGCUUCUUCUUCCUUAGCACUGUCCCCUCUUCCCCCUCUUUUUUCUUGGGAAACUGUUUGCUUUUUAACACCUUGAGAAACUGCAGAAAACUGGUAGCUCAGCCUAGGUAAAUAGUCCUGCUUUAGCAGCUCGGCUUCCUUUUUGCCACUGACCAGUCUACUGGAAGGACUAUUUUUCUGCUAAAACCCCAAAGUACUGCCCACACAACAGCCUGGCCUAACAGUACCUGGGAGACAGCAGCUACUGCUGCUGAUGGCUGAAAGAACUUGAAACAUUCAAGGAGAGCAACUAUGCUGCAACACUCUGCAGAAGAAAAAGCCAGCUCUUAGACAAAUGGGCAUUUUUUUUUCCCAAGACCUUAGAUGAGAUACCCAAAGGAAAAAAGGGGGAAACAGGAGAGAUCUUGAUAUCAGCUCUUCCCCAGCUACUUGCUUCUUUGACUCUUGGAAAAUUCCCGUUUCACAAAAAUCAAUCAGUCACUCAAAUCCAGAAAUAAAAACUGUACAAUGUUAUAGACAGAACUGAUUUCCAAGUGUUAUGCAUUGUCCUUGCUACUGCAAGAGAAAAAGGUCUGUUCUGCAAAGAACAGGUCACCAACCCUUUGUAAUUAGCCUCAUAUUUCUCUUAUUCAUUGAAAUUAAAUGUGCAAAAAGUUUGUCUGGUGCAAAUGUUAAGAUGCUGGUUGCUUUCUCAGGCAAAGCCUCUCUGGCUCAAAUAGUUUCUUCCCCUCUCUUCGAAAUAUCCCAGCCCUUUAUCUUGGAAUUCAAGCUCUUUUGUACAUGUACAUUAAUGUAUCAGUUCUCCAUGCUUUAACUGGAGCAGGAUCAAACAGAACCCUGACAAAGAAUCCCUGGAAGUCUGAAGCAAUCUGCUUCGUUAUAAUUUUAAGUAGCACCAAAUGUAAUCAGGUUUACAGAAGAUGUUCCAGAAGUUUCAGUAAAACUGUAACCUUAGGUGGAUAUAAAGUUCACAUGACCUUGCUUGGCUUUGUCUCCAACCUGGGCAAAAUGCAGCAAUCAAUCACAGAUGAGUGUCCCUUUGCAGGUUACAAUUAGCCAUCAAAAUGUUUCAAACACAGAAAUUUAAGUACAGUUUUGCCCAGCUUUCUAAGGACCGUAACUAACUGCUUUCUCUGAAAAUAAUGAGGUGAAAUUUUUUACGCUUUCUCUCUUGGUAAAGGUCAUUCAUUUGCACUGUAAUGAGACAGAAACACCCACACACACACACAAAAAAAAAAAUCUGUAAAACAUGCUGGGAGCCUGCCAGGGUUUAUUUAAUGCAGCUAAACCACAUAACUGGCUACAUGAGCACUUGGCAAUGGAGAGGGGCCACAAGUUGGAAACACAGAGUUUGUUUCAGGGCAGUUAAUAAAACAGUAGGCAGGAAAGGACGGGCUUUGCUUCUCUUCAGUCACUUGUUAGCAGGGACUGAAGUAGAAGCUGGAGGACCAGGAUAGUCAAAGACAGCUGGCAGAGAAAGGCACUAAGUGAAGCAAGUGCAGCGAAAGCAAGAGAAGCCCCUGGGCAAGAGAGAGAUGGGCAUGUGUUCUGGGAGAAGAAAUACAGAGAUGGAAGAAAUGUGGGAAGGGAUCCAGCUGGGGAGGGAUGUGUGAUGGAGUGGGAGAAGAAACACCAAAGGGCAGGGAGAGAAGAAAAAGCAACUUGAAAUCAGGUGUUCCAUAUUCUCCCAUUCAUCGCUAGAAUCUGCCUGGACGAGAGUUUAUGCUGGAGACACAAGGCGAGAAAGGGCAGAGCACAGGCUCAGAGGAGAGAGCAGAGGCUGGCAACAUCCCUAGACAUCUCGUGGUGAGCUGGAGCUUGCACCAAGCUCAUCCUCCCCCAGCUCGAGAGCAGGGACCGGACAGGGGUAACACGCUCGGUGCCCUUUGACAGAGCGUCAGAGUCCCCCACGGAACACGUGCUUCUGCACACCAGCAAAUUUUUCCAUUUACUAUGAGGGUGGUGAGACACUGCAAUAGGUUGCCCAGAAAAGUGUUCUAAAGUAGGUUAAUGCUGUAGCCUAGACCUUCAGCAACAAAAAUCAACUCCACUGAAGGCCAUAGGCCUGUGCCAGCUUUGUGAACUAACACAAAACCUAGCCCCAUGUUUCCAGGCAGAAGCACAAUGGGAAUUAAGGGAUUUAAAGACUGAGAAUUUUCCUCAUGGAUUUGUGGAGUCUAAGAUCCCAACUGCUUACCAAAAUAGGGCCUGGAGGCUCAGAGCACCAGCAGAGUCUCAUCAGGACAUAUCUCCAGACAUCAUAAUUCCUUGCUACAGGGGCUGAUCAUACUGGCUGGAUUUUAGGUUCUCAUUAGGGCAAAGACAUCCUUUUCUUUCUGUAACAAGUUGCCAUGUCCUAGUCAUGGCCUCUUCUAGUAGACUAGAAAAAAGCCUUCCUAACAGAGUCCUAACAUUUCAAAUGUUUUCUAGUAGCUGUUAAAACAUCAAAACCACAUUCCUUAUAGGAAAGCUCCUGAUUAUUCUUAAAAAAAAAAAAAAAAAAAAUCAGUAACUCAAAAAGAACAACUUUUUUCUUGUGUAUUCUACCGCUCAAUAAAAUCAUAACUGUUUGUUGACCAUA